AUGACACAAUUCUUGCCUGCAAAUUUACUCGCAUUAUUUGCGGCGAGAGAACCUAUUAAGUACCUUCCACCGCCUGAUAAACUACCCCACGAGAAGAAAACUAGAGGAUAUGCAGGUGUUGGAGCAUUUUUGGACCAAUUUGAGGAUCCAAAAGAUACUCCACCACCAACUCGAGUCGAAACAAAGGAGGAACGAAUUGAAAGAAGAAGACGUGAAAAGGCCGAACAAGUUGCUUAUAAAUUAGAAAGAGAAAUUGCAUUAUGGGAUCCCAAUAGUAUAGAAAAUACGACAGAAGAUCCAUUUAAAACUCUGUUUGUAGCUCGUAUUAACUAUGACACAUCAGAAUCGAAGCUGCGAAGAGAGUUUGAGACUUAUGGACCUAUUAAAAAAAUUAUAUUGAUCCAUAAUGAAAGUAAUCGGGCAAGAGGUUAUGCUUUUAUAGAGUAUGAACAUGAAAGAGACAUGCACUCUGCCUACAAACAUGCUGACGGUAAGAAGAUUGACAGCAGAAGAGUUCUAGUAGAUGUUGAAAGGGCUCGUACUGUAAAAGGAUGGUUGCCACGACGUUUAGGUGGUGGUUUGGGAGGCACUAGACGUGGUGGAAAUGAAGUUAAUAUUAAGCACAGUGGACGAGAAGAUAAUGUUCGCGAGAAAGAACGAUACAGGAUGGAAAGGGAACGUGAAGAACGACGUGAUGACAGAAGUGUAGGAUUUGAGAGGAAAAGGUCUCGUUCGCGAGACAAAAGAUCAAAAUCCAAGGAAAGACGUAGGUAUAGAUCACGAGGUGAGGAGGAACAACCACAACCUGAACGUUAUGAAAGGAGAGAACGUAGGGAAAAAUCGCGCGAUAGAAAAAGACGCCGAGAAGGUAGAUCGAAAUCCAGAGAGAAGGAUCGAUCUGAACGCAAGCGUGACAAACGUGAUCGCUCUAGAUCUCGUGACAGAAGACGCGAUAAGGACAAGAAGGAACGAAAACCUGAUUUUGAUAUUAAAAUUAAGGAAGAACCAAUUGAUGAUUAUCCAGAUUACAGUCAGCAAGAUUAUUCGCAAUAUGCUGGACAAGUUAAGUAUGAGUCUGGUGAUGAACAAAAAUAUAGACCUGGUGAACAGGAUCAAGACAAUGGAUAUAGCUAUCGUUGA